GUCCACGGUCACUAUUUUCUCCUAUAAUUCCAUUCCGUGGUUUUUUAAUAACCUUAAACCUUGUUUUAUUACUCUUCAAUUCUUCAUUCUUCAACCUCUAAAUCCUCCAAUGGCUCUCUCUGCAACAUUCAUCACUCCUUCACCUUCAAGUUCCAACCUUUAUGCUAAAAUUCGAAAACCCUUUCUCUCUCACUCCGUAUAUCUUCUUAAACCCCUCAAGAUCCGAGCUUCAGCUACCCUCAAUUAUUCCAAUGUCGAGACAUCUUCCCCAUUGAAGACUAGCAACUGGCAGUGGAAAUUCAAGGACAAUUUGGUAAAUGUUUAUUAUGAGGAACAUGUGAGGGAGAGUGAGGAGCCUUCCCAGAAUAUCUUGAUGAUGCCAACCAUUUCUGAUGUUAGCACUGUUGAGGAAUGGAGAUUGGUUGCUCAAGACAUUGCUCAACGGAAUGGCGGUGUCAAUUAUCGCGCAACUAUUGUUGAUUGGCCUGGUCUAGGUUAUUCUGAUCGUCCGAAGAUUGAUUACAAUGCUGAUGUUUUGGAAAAAUUUCUGGUUGAUUUCGUUAAUUCACCCGAUGGUCCAGUAAAACAAUCAGGCAAUGAUUUGGUGAUAUUUGGAGGAGGGCAUGCUGCUUCAAUAGUUGUCCGUGCUGCGAAAAAGGGUCUAGUGAAGCCCAAAGCUAUAGCUGCUGUUGCACCAACUUGGUCUGGUCCCCUUCCUAUCGUGUUUGGUCGAGAUUCCAGCAUGGAAACAAGAUAUGGUUUUCUAAGAGGCACCUUAAAGGCGCCUGCAGUUGGAUGGAUGAUGUAUAACAUGCUUGUGAGCAAUGAGAAUGCAAUCCAAUCACAGUACAAAUCCCACGUAUACGCCAACCCUGAUAACGUGACGCCAGCUAUUGUUGAAAGCAGAUAUGCAUUGACAAAACGGAAAGGAGCACGUUACUUGCCCGCAGCUUUCUUGACCGGACUACUCGAUCCUGUAACAUCUCGCGAGGAGUUCCUUCAACUCUUUGCAGACUUGGAAGGAAAGAUACCAGUAUUUGUUGUAUCAUCGAAAGGGUCUCCUAAAAGGUCUAAAGCUGAGAUGGAAGCUCUUAAGGGAGCUAAAGGGGUGACCAAGUUUGUGGAAGUGCCUGGUGCUCUUCUUCCACAAGAGGAGUACCCUGCAGAAGUCGCAGAAGAGCUUUAUCAAUUCUUGCAACAGUAUUUUGGCUCCGUCGCUUAAAGUUGGCAGGUCAUGUGACACUUCUGGAUGUUGGUGGUGAAGGUUUCAGGGGCAUAAAUAUUAAUGGAGGUAAAAAUGAAAAACAGAAAUGUGACCAAGGGUAUACACAUUUAUACAGUAUGGUUUAUUUGAAUUUUUAAUUAAACUUUGGUGGUGUUAUGUGUUUUAUACAGAUGCUAAAAUCGUUUCCGAAAGGACUGUUGAUUUGAGCGUAGCUUCUAGUGAAAUAUAAAUGUUUCCACAAAUUAGAGGCAACAUGUUUCAUUUGAGAUGAUUGUUUCCACGUAUGAAUUCUCAUACUAAAUAUAAAUUUCUUCCACAAUUUUAA